CUAAGCAGCCGCUUAGUUCGCUUAUGCCUUGGGACGGUGUUCAGAAAAAAACAUACUACCUAUUAGAUUGUGCUACAUAAAAUAUAUUUGCAAUUUAAGGGUAAGAUUAGGGUAAGGGUAUAUGUGAACGGGUAGGUUUAGGGUAGAGGUAGGUGUGGGCAUUAAAAAUAGUUAGCUAGGCUGCUACUAGAACAGACCAAGAGUUAGUCACAUGAUACGAGCUAACAGUUUACCUCAUUUGUAAUAAUACGCAUUUUUCGACGAAAAUGCCUAGCUCAUGAAUAUUAAUCGCGUUAUGUGAUGUUCGGUGAUUUAGGUUAUGCUCUGAUUUUUAUGAUGGAAGAAUACAAAAAAUUACUUUAAAAGAGCUUGGUGCACGAAAGAGUAGUCAAAGCAAAAGUUAAGAACUGGCUAAAAUAAAUAAAAGCUAAUAAAUAAUAAGUUACGCAGUUGGUUGCUAACGACGCAGACGACGGUCAUCGCUACGAAAGAAGCGAUUUAUUCGCUGUUCCUGUCAUAUAUCAGUUUCUACUUGAUUUAAGUUUUGGUGAUGCAGAAACCAGCUGUGGUGAAUACCAGCUUCAAGCCCAUCAUCAUUAACAGAGUGCUUGUCCGAGACAAAGACUUUCUGCAAAGACUGGGCAAAGUGCUGAAACUUAAGUGGCUACUUGGCAAGGAAGUCCAGGCAUGCAUGCGGUGCUAGUAACACAAUAAUUGACACAUUAAUUAAUUUUUGUAGGCUGAAAACUUCAAUGAAGAUAAGGAGAUCACUUGUUGACAGAAUCGUACCGUGUUUUGCUAGCGCUUCUGUGGAAAACAACGAUUUCUUCUCUCUAAGCGCCCUCCUACAGAAGAUGAAUGCCAAUUGUGGAAGCUAUGACGAUAUCACACCUCUUCAUACAGCCUGUGAGUUGGGGAACUUAGAGAUGAUUAAGUUCCUGCUGGCGAAGGGAGCGUCUCCUCAUAAGGUCAACCGUUUCGGACACUGCCCAUUUUACAUGGCCAUUAAGAACAGGCGCUGUCAUGCUGUCAAACUCCUGCUGAUGAAAGAAGUCACUGUUAAUCUGCACCCUGUGAGAAUUGCCAUGGAAAUGAUCCAAGCGGUACAGAACAGAGAUUACCCUCUGUUGCAUGCCUGGGCUCUGUCAGGGGUCGAUAUGGACACUAAAGACUAUGAUGGACGGACAGUAAUGCAUGAGGCAGUUUAUCUGAGAAACAAGUCCAUGGUCACCAAGCUACUGGAAUAUGGAGCCACACCACUGGAGAAAGAUGCGUGGGGACAGACAGCCAUGGAUAAUGCUCAACAUGAGACAGAAAUCAUGGCUCUUUUUGACCCUCUUUUCACAGUGUGUUGCCCCACUAAAGAGGACUAUCUGCUGUACAAGGCACAUAGAUAAAUAAGCAGUGUUUUUGUCCACAUAGUUGUUCUGUAUUUUUGACUUUCUUUCCUGCUCUGCUAUUCUGUAUGUAUGAAGAAGAUAAAUACACUGCUAAGAAACUAUGAAUAAUAAAUUUAGACUACUAAAUGUGUCUUGUAUACACUGCACAAAAAACCCUACUAAUAAUACUAAUGAUAAAUUUAUACUAAAAAAGUUAUGAUGUUAUCUUAUGGUGCACACAGUAGUCUCUGCUGUGUUUUGUUUGUUUGUUUGUUUGUUUGUUUUACAAUAAAAGUAGGACACAAAUUUAUACACCUUUUUUCCCUGCCAUUUUUCCCAAGUCUUAAGUCCCACAUCUAUGCGAAAAAAUGAUUAGGAUCUUCAGUAAAAAACAUGUCCACGAAGAUAUUUUGUACAUUUCCGACCAUAAAUAUAUCAAAACUUGCUAAGAACUUUUUUAAGAUCAAUUUUCUCAAUAUUUGAAUUUUUACAUAUUUUUA